GAAAGGCCCCCAUUAUUGUGCGGACGAUGAGAAAUUGAUAGGCAAAAAAGCAUGGCAUUUCUGAAUGAUCUCCGGCCUUCUUCAAUUCUAUCACAUCAUGAGAUUUGUUACGUACCCUCCAUUACUGCAUACAUACUCCAUUAUCUCUUGCCGCACCACCUCCCCAUUUGGGUCCUUCAUUCUCCUGGAAUUGGAGGACCCCAAUUGAUCAAUUCAAGCUCACCUCCCCCCGCCACUUUCAUCUCUCUCAUCUUCAAUUCCAUCUUCUUCUCCUUCUACCUCCUUCAAUUCCUUUGGCCUGGAUAUCGAUCGAUCGAUCGAUCAGAUAAUCUCCUAUCCGAUUUCAUUAUUUCCGGCUAAGCUCGCUCGCUGCGUUUGUUUCAAAUUUGUAAAACUAUGUGAUGCGCACAUGCGGGAGGCGAGGCUUCUGUAUGUUGACCUUGCAAUUGCGUGCGACAAAGACGAUGAAUUCAGCCGCUUCGUGUAUAUAUGCAAUAUAAUGCAUGCAUGCGCGCUUGCUUCUAGUUUUUACUCCAUCGGAGAUCUCAUCUCAUCUCAUCCAUCUCAUCUGUGCUUUUUAUUAGGGUUUGUGAUUUGAUGUCAAACGGUGAUCGGAACGACGUCGGAUUGAAGCUGUGGAAUCCGGUGGUGGUGGUGGUGGUGGUGGAUCCACGAAUUUCUGAGAAUCCAAUAUUCAGCGCGCAGAUAAUUUUGAUUUUUCCUUAUUCCUGAUUGAAUUGGAUUGGUUUGGAUCGGAUCGGAUCGGAUCGGUGGAAGUUAAAUUUAGGGAUUGAGAAAUGAGUUGCCCAUGUUUUCAGAAGAAACCAGAGGAGGAAGACAACAACCUCAGCAAGGAGCAGAUAGAUAAGCUGCCGGUAGCUCAACCAGUAAACGCACCUGAACCCUCUACACCGCCGUCUGCCGCCGCCGCAGCUUGUAGCACGUCAACAGCAGCUGCCAACGCCGCAGCCGAAGAUAAUGCAGCAGCAGAAAAUGGAAACUCUAACGCCAGAACCUUCAAUUUCCGCGAGCUUGCCUCUGCAGCAAAGAACUUCCGGCAAGAAUCCCUAAUUAGCGAAGGUGGCUAUGGAAAAGUGUUCAAGGCAACUCUUCACGAUGGUCAGGUGGUGGCUGUGAAACAACUAGACAGGAAUGGAACACAAGCGAGCAAGGAGUUCUCCGUCGAGGUUCUAGUGCUGACUCUACUUCGCCACCCUAACAUAGUGGAUCUUAUCGGGUACUGUGCUGAUGGAGAACAAAGGCUUUUGGUGUAUGAAUACAUGGCCAUGGGCAGUCUUGAAGACCAUCUCCUUGACCUUCCAAAGGACAAAAAACCCUUGGAUUGGAACACCAGAAUGAAAAUAGCUUCAGGCGCAGCCCAAGGCCUGGAAUACCUGCACGAGAAGGCCAAUCCCCCCAUCAUCUACCGUGACCUCAAAUCCUCCAACGUUUUAGUGGAUGAAGAUUACAAUCCUAAGUUGUUUGAUUAUGGUCUUGCUAAGCUCACCAGCGGUGGAGGAGGAAGUAACAUGCAAAUGUUGACACCCAGAGUUAUGGGAAGCGGCUAUUCGGCACCCGAGUAUGAAAGGACGGGCGAACUCACGUUCAAGUCAGAUGUUUAUAGUUUCGGAGUUAUUCUACUUGAGCUCAUAACAGGCCGCCGUGCUGUGGACACUUCAAGACCGCCAUCCCAACAAAAUUUAGUUACUUGGGCACAACCCAUAUUCAGGGAUCCAAAGAGGUUCCCGGAAAUGGCAGAUCCACUCCUGAAGGAUAACUUUCCGGUGAGGAGCUUGAACCAAGCAGUUGGGGUUGCCGCCAUGUGCCUCCAAGAUGAACCAUCGGUUCGACCACUGAUCGGCGAUGUUCUAGCCGCCCUCAGUUUCCUGCAAGUGGCUCCUAAGGAAGAUCCAGUUCCGGCCGCUAUUCCAGACGCUCCGUCGGGCCAUGCAAACAAAAACGAGCCGGACAAUGACGAUGACGAUCACGAGGAUGAGGACGAGGAAGAGUACGAAGACGAUGAGGACGAACGAUCUGGUUCGGAAGACGGCAGCAGUUCGGAUUCAUCCGGCAAAAAGUAGAACACUUUAAUUAGAUCAAAUUAAUAUAUAGCGUUCAAGAUGGGGAAUAUUUGGAGAACACUGAUAAAUCUUGGUUUGGUAAUGAAAGCAUUUUUUUUUUCUU